AUCCCAUGAAAGCAAAGAAGAAAACGGCAGAGCCAGCGAGAAAACCUCGGCCUUCUCUCACUCUAACGACCGCAAAACCGAAGACUUUACGUCCCUACUUGCGGUCAAUCCCUAAUUGGAGAUGGAAAAAUGUGUUGUUUUUGAAGAAUUCAUUCACAGCACCAGCUUUGUCAACCCAAUGUUCUGCUUUUUUUCAUUCGACACCUACUUCAUGUGAAAAAGGGAAGAACAAAUGGAAUGCUUUUGCUGAUGAGAGUAGAGCUCAACAACCAUCUAAGACUUCUAUAAGAUAUACAAUACGUCAAAAGCGUGCCGAUGCCAAGAAAGCUUUAAAAGAUCUUCUUUUCACAAGUGAAUCGACAAGAGUCUCAUUUCAGAAUAAAGACCACCCAAUAUGGAAAUUCGAUGGGAAAAGCGGAUGGGAUGCUGAAUUGGAUACGAAAGGCAGACCUAAUUCUUCUUCUAGACAUUUAGGGAAAUCUGCCCGUAAGAAAAUGAAACGUAAGUUGAAAAGAGAGAGUGUUCCUGAGGAUUUUGAUGAUCCCGAAUCAAUUUUCCAAGAAAGAUUCAGGAGCAAAUGGUAUACUUGGAGUUACCAUCGACGGGAGGACUCCUCUUUCCAAAGUUCAUCAUCUGGAUUUGAGUGGCGAGAGCACUCAAACAGGACAAACCAAAGAACUAAAAAUUGGAAGACUCUAAGUGACACCGAGUCUGAUGACGAGUUUUGUGGUGUAGGAUCAUAUUCUGACAGAAAAAUCCUCGGCCUUCCUCGAAGAGGUCCUUUAAAGAUAGAAGAUGUUAAAAAUGCAUUCCGCUUAUCAGCUUUAAAAUGGCAUCCAGAUAAACACCAAGGCCCUUCACAGGCAAUGGCUGAAGAAAAAUUCAAAUUGUGUGCGAAUGCAUACAAAUCACUCUGUGAUGCUCUCUCCUCAGUUUGAAGUUUAGGAAUUUGUCAAAAUCAUGUAGCUUCUAGCAAGCUUUUCUUUUCAAAAAGGGAUUGACAGCGAUCAAGGAAAGAUGUACGUUUUUUUUUUUCUUUUCGCCUCACUGUAUGAUUAACUUCAAUUUUUUUUAUCCGUUUUUCUCUGCUCCAUAGCAAUGUACUAGGAUAACAUUUCUGACAUUGCGCUGAUUCACUGGUGCAAGUUGAAUAAAAUAUAAAAUUAAUAGACUUU